ACAGAGACCAGUAAUUCUGUACUAUCUUCUCAGCAUGGAGUCAAGAGACCAAGCAGGGAGAACCAGGAAUGAAAAAGUUUUGAACUGCUUAUACCAAAAACCAGAUGCAAUUUUUAAGCUGAUCUGCUUUCCCUGGGCAGGAGGUGGCUCCAUUUACUUUGCCAAAUGGGGUCAAAACACUCAUGAUUUAAUUGAAGUGCACUCAGUAAGGCUUGCUGGAAGAGAAAGUCGAUUAGAAGAACCUUUGGCAAAUGACAUCUACCAAGUAGCUGAAGAAGUUGCUUGUGCUCUGCUGCCAGUCAUCCAGGAUAAGCCAUUUGCAUUUUUUGGCCACAGCAUGGGAUCCUAUGUUGCUUUUAUGACUGCACUAUACCUAAAAGAAAGACAUAAGCUAGAACCAAUGCAUUUCUUUGUGUCAAGUACAACUCCUCCCCAUUCAGAGGCCCGGUUUCGCAUUCCUGAAGAUAAUGACUUGUCAGAAGAAAAAAUUGGCCGUAUCCUCAUGGAUUUUGGAGGCACUCCCAAGUACUUUGUGGAUGACAAGGAACUUUUGCACCAAUAUAUUCCCAUGCUGAAGGGAGAUAUACAACUCUUGAGGAAUUAUACUUACAAUACGCCAUCUGAGGCUGUUCUUUCUUGUGACUUAACGUGCUUUCUUGGAUCUGAAGAUAUAUCUAAGGAUAUGGAAGCUUGGAAGGAUGUAACCAGUGGAAGUUUUGGCAUUCAUGUGCUUCCAGGAGAUCACUUUUAUCUUAUGGAACCUGCCAACGAGAACUUCAUCAAAAACUACAUAACCAAGUGUCUUGAACUAUCAUCAAUUACCAAUUUUUAGAUAUUUUCCCUUUGGGUUUGAAAAUAGUCAAAGUAAUCACAUAAUACUAUCCUCAGUUACUCAGAUGUAGCUCAUUAGUUUUAUUUAGAGGUGGGAAAUUAUGCAUUUUCUACCAGGGUGACUUGUUUAAUAUAUAAAUGUAUUUCUCCAUAGAGCAUUUAUAUAUCUGAAGACAAAAAACAAACAGAUAAAAAAUACUUCUGGUAGGAUCCUUUAUUUUUGUAUCAGAAUCUCAUUUGGUUCUCAUCUGUGGGGUGUUUACUAACAAAAAUUCAUGUUUGGUAAAUUACCCAUUUUUCCCCUUCAAUUAUUUAAACAGUGAAAACGAUGGAUAGGGGAAAUGCUUGAAAUAAUUCUUUUACUAACACAUUGUGGCUCAAAGCUUGAUCUAACCUUUUGAAAUGUAAGGUAGUCACAUUUAAUAAGAAAAUGUAACCUGUUGCUUUAUUAACAGAAAAUAGCCCUUAACAAUGAUCUUUGGCCACACCAGCAUUCCACAGAAUGUCUGCAACAUUGGCCCUGUUUCUAAGGAGACCCCUCCACACCAAUUGCCUGUUGGCACUGUGGCUCUGUGACCAUGGCCAUAAAAGACUGGGACCCAGUCUGAGCCCUCCCAGAGACAACCAGUCUAGGGUUUGCCCCCCGGCGCAUGAAGUGGGAAAGCACAGAUGCCACGUGCCUUUCAGGGCCUUCAUCCUCAUUCUGUGACAACCUGAGCUUAGCACAGGGAGAAGCAGAACAGGUGGAAACAAAUAGGAACAAAGAGAAAAAGAAACAGUGAAAAUGAGCUGUAGUGGAAUAAUGGCAGAACACUACAAGGGGAAUCUACCAGCGCACACAGAAGGGAAUGAAAAGUCACUGAGUUCCAGUAGCUGCAUGGACUCUGAACUCCCUGUUAAUUCCCAACUUUGUUGUCCCUUUCAGGCCACACUAUGCAGUCACAUCCCCUCACCUGGAUUUUCUUAUUUCCCUCAGAGCUUCACAAUAAACUCCGCUACUUAUGAAAAAUUUCUCUUCUUUAUAGCCUAUAC